UCAUGAGCUGCUCAGCAUUAGACUAGCAGCUAAGGGAACCCCCUUCUCUUCACUGUCCUCCCCUAUCACUUUCCCUUUCCAGGAACUGCCCAGGGCCCCCUUUGUUCUGCAUGAUGCCCACCUGCUGAGGAGUUGCUGCAGACUCCGAAGCCCUCUCUGGGAUUACCAUUUAUCUCCAUCCUUCCAGUUACUCGUGUUUCUACCUCUGCUCUGCGGUACAACCCCCUUCCUUUCUAUCUAGAAGCCCUCGUCAUCUGUGGAUCUACCUUUACUUCAUACAUUAAUAUCCCUGGAACCUCUGAAUCUACCAUCUUCUCUAUAUACAGUAGCCCCCAUCAUCUACGGAUCUACCAUCUCCUCUAUAUCCAGUAGCCCCCAUCAUCUACGGAUCUACCAUCUCCUCUAUAUCCAGUAGCCCCCAAUCAUCUACAGAUCUACCAUCUCCUCUAUAUCCAGUAGCCCCCAUCAUCUACGGAUCUACCAUCUUCUCUAUAUCCAGUAGCCCCCAUCAUCUACAGAUCUACCAUCUCCUCUAUAUCCAGUAGCCCCCAUCAUCUACGGAUCUACCAUCUCCUCUAUAUCCAGUAGCCCCCAUCAUCUACGGAUCUACCAUCUCCUCUAUAUACAGUAGCCCCUAUCAUCUACGGAUCUACCAUCUCCUCUAUAUCCAGUAGCCCCCAUCAUCUACGGAUCUACCAUCUCCUUUUAUAUCCAGUAGCCCCUAUCAUCUACGGAUCUACCAUCUCCUCUAUAUCCAGUAGCCCCCAUCAUCUACGGAUCUACCAUCUCCUUUAUAUCCAGUAGCCCCCAUCAUCUACAGAUCUACCAUCUCCUUUAUAUCCAGUAGCCCCCAUCAUCUACGGAUCUACCACCUUUUUCUACAUACAGAGACCACCCACCGUCUCUGGAUCCAUCACCUCUUCUACAUCCAGAGACCCUCAUCAUCUGAAGAUCGGUCAUCUCUUCUACAUCCGGAGACCCUCGUUGUGUAGUGUAGAUCUUUCAGAGACCUUCAUCAUCUGUCAUCUCUUCUAUAACCCCCCUUCUUUUCUAUCUAGAAGCCCUCGUCAUCUGUGGAUCUACCUUUACUUCAUACAUUAAGAUCACUGGCACCUCUGAAUCUACCAUCUCCUCUUAUCCAGUAACCCCCAUCAUCUACAGAUCUACCAUCUCCUCUAUAUCCAGUAACCCCCAUCAUCUACAGAUCUACCAUCUCCUCUAUAUCCAGUAGCCCCCAUCAUCUACGGAUCUACCACCUUUUUGUACAUACAGAGACCACCCAUCGUCUGUGGAUCCAACACCUCUUCUAGAUCCAGAGACCCUCAUCAUCUGAAGAUCGGUUGUCUCUUCUACAUCUUGAGACCCUCGUCGUGUGUAGAUCUUUCAGAGACCUUCAUCAUCUGUAGAUCUGUUAUCUACAGAUCUACCACCUUUUUCUACAUACAAAGACCACCAAUCGUCUGUGGAUCCUACACCUCUUCUACGUCCAGAAACCCUCAUCAUCUGAAGAUCGGUCGUCGCUUCUACAUCUGGAGACCCUUGUCAUGUGUAGAUCUUUCCUCUCUUCUAUAUCCAGAGACCCUUGUCAUCUGUAGAUCUAUUGUCUCUUCUGUAGACCCCGUCGUCUGUGGAUCUACUGUCUCAACUAUCUGAUUCUUUAUUAUCUGUGGACCUACUUUGCCCUCACUAUCAUCAGAGGUGCUAUCAUCUGUGGAUCUACCAUGUCCUUUAUAUUUAGAGGCUCCCAAACAUGUGUGGACCUGCCUCCUCUUAUAAUCUGAGAUACCAUCAUCGGUGGAAUAUUCCUUCUUUAUAUCCAGAGACCCCUGUUAUCUGUGGAACAUCUCUCCUGAAUAUAGGUAAACCGUCAACAUCUGUGGAAUAUCCCCUCCUCUGUAUCUCAAGACCCCUGACAAGACCCCUGACAUCAGUGGAACUCCCAUACUCUAUAUCUGGAGACCCCUGACAUCUGUGGACUAUCCUUUUAUAUCUGGAGACCCCCAUCAACUGUGGAACGUCACUUUCCCUAAAGACAGAGAACCCAAUAUCUGUGGAAUAUCCCUCCUCUAUACCAGGAGGCCACAGUGUCUGUAGAACACCCCUUCCUCUAUAUACAGAAGUCCUGAUAUCUAUGGAACAUCUCUUCCUCUAAAUCUGAAGACUCCAAAAUCUGUGGAACAUUCCCUCCUCUAUAUAUAGAGUCCCCGAAAUCUGUGGAACAUCUCCUCCCAUACAGGGGCCGCAAUAUCCAUGGAACAUUUUCUUCUCUAUAUCUGAAGACCCUAAUACUUGUGGAACCUCUUCUCCCCUAAAUCUGAAGACUCCAAAAUCUGUGGAACAUUCCCUCCUCUAUAUAUAGAGUCCCCGAAAUCUGUGGAACAUCUCCUCCAAUACAGUGGCCGCAAUAUCUGUGGAACAUUUUCUUUACUAUAUCUGAAGACCCUAAUACUUGUGGAACAUCUCCUCCUUUAUAAGUGAAGACUCUGAUAUUUGUGGAACUUCUUCUCCCCAAAAUCUGAAGACUCCAAAAUCUGGGGAACAUUCCCUUCUCUAUAUAUGUAGAGACCCCGAAAUCUGUGGAACAUCUCCUCCAAUACAGUGGCCGCAAUAUCCGUGGAACAUUUUCUUCUCUAUAUCUGAAGACCCUAAUACUUGUGGAACAUCUCCUCCUUUAUAAGUGAAGACUCUGAUAUUUGUGGAACUUCUUCUCCCCUAAAUCUAAAGUCUCCAAAAUCUGUGGAACAUCUCCUCCUCUACAUACAGGGACCCAAAUAUAUGUGGAACAUCUCCUCUAUAUCAAAAGACUCUUGACAUCUGUGGAAAAUUCCCCUUCUCUAUAUACCAAGACCCCAAUAUCUGUGGAACACCUUCUCCUCCUUAUCUGAAACUCAAAUAAUUGUGAAACAUCUUCUCUUUCUCCGAAGACUCCAAAAUUUGUGGAACAUCUCCUCCUCUAUACACAGGGACACAAAUAUCUGUGGAACAUCUCCUCUAUAUCUAAAGGUCCUUGACAUUUGUGGAAAAUUCCCCUUCUCUAUAUACCAAGACCUCAAUAUCUGUGGAACACCUUCUCCUCCGUAUCUGAAGACUCUCAUAAUUGUGGAACAUCUUCUCUUUCUCCGAAGACUCCAAAAUUUGUGGAACAUCUCCUUCUCUAUAUACAAAGACCCCAAUAUCCGUGGAACAAUCUCGCCUCUAUAUACAGGGACCCCGAUAUCUGCGGAACAUCCCCUAGUCUGUAUAUAGAGACAGAAUAUCCCUACUCCAUUUAUAAAGACUGUGAUAUAUGUGGAAUGUUUGUCCUCUAUAUACAGAGACCCAUAUAUAUGUAGAAAAUAAACCUUCCUCUAUAUCCGUAGACUCUAAUAUCUUCAAAAUAUUCCCCCCAUUAUAUUUGGAGACCCUGAGAUCUAUGAAAUAUUCCCUCCUCUAUAUCAGGAGACCCCAAAAUCUACGGGAUAUCCCUCUUCUACAUCUGGAGACUCCUUCUUAAUUCCAGGAAACAUUUGACUAUCAUUCAUUAUUAAAUACGCACAAUCUAUGGAUGUGUCCCCUCCCCCCUUAUUACCAUGCCCAUAACCUCUAAUUUUCAGAUAUGAUCGCCGAUUGUUAUCCGUUGUCACCCUGAGCCCAUUAAUAUGUGGAUGUGACCCCCCCUUCCUCUAUCCAGUAACUGCACAUUUUCCUUUUUUACAUCUCAUUUUCGAAGAUUCCAUAUUGUGCCAUGAGGAAGAUUGCCCGAAUUCCAAACCGAUCUGUGCUGGUGGUCAUUUUUUUCUUUUGCCUGUCCUCUUCUUUUCUUUAUUUCAUUUAUGUGGCUCCAGGAAUAGUGAACACCUAUCUUUUCAUGAUGCAAGCUCGUGGUAUCCUCAUACGGGAGAACAUGCGCACUAUAGGAGCACAGGUGUAUGAGCAGAUGGUGCGCAGUGCGUACGCACGGAGGAACAACAGCAGUAAUGACACAGAAUAUCCCAUCUAUUUCAGCAACAAUGACUCCUAUAUUCAGACCACGACUUUCCUUCCCGAAGACUUCACCUACCUGCCGCAUCUUCAGUGCCCGGAGCGCCUCCCGUUCAUGAAAGGCCCCAUGGAGGUCAACGUGAGUGAAGUACAGUUGAGUGACAUCCAACAACUCUUUGAUGAAGACGCCAUCAAACUGGGUGGUCACUGGAAGCCCAGAGACUGUGUCCCACGUUGGAAGGUUGCCAUCCUUAUCCCAUUCCGGAAUCGACAUGAGCAUCUCCCGGUUCUGUUCAGACACCUCAUUCCUAUGCUGCAGAGACAGCGACUGCAAUUUGCCUUCUACGUCAUCGAACAGACAGGGAAUCAGCCAUUUAACCGUGCAAUGCUCUUUAAUAUCGGCUUUAUUGAAGCAAUGAAGGAUUUGGAUUGGGACUGUCUGAUAUUUCAUGACGUUGACCACGUUCCGGAGAACGACCGCAAUUAUUAUGGCUGUCAGAAUAUGCCACGGCACUUCGCCGCAAAGCUGGACAAGUAUAUGUACCUGCUACCUUAUAAGGAGUUUUUUGGAGGUGUGAGCGGCCUGACGGUGGAGCAGUUCCAGAACAUUAAUGGUUUUCCUAACGCCUUCUGGGGUUGGGGCGGAGAGGAUGAUGACCUCUGGAACAGGGUGCAGUAUGCCGGAUACAACGUGACACGUCCAGAAGGUGAUAUUGGAAAAUAUAAGUCCAUUCCCCACCACCACCGAGGAGAGGUCCAGUUUCUGGGGCGUUACACUUUACUAAGAAGAUCCAAAGAGCGUCAGAACAUUGACGGCCUGAACAACCUGAAGUACUCUCCGCAAAUCACCUAUGAAAAUUUAUAUAAGAACAUCACGGUAGAGCUAACCCCGGAGCUGGCUGUGGUGAGUGAUUAUUGAACUCAAUAGAGAUCUUUACUUCCUGACCAGACGGAUCCUUCAAAGCGUAUGAAAUGGCGCAGGCUGCGGCAGGCUCGGAUAGACACUACCAUCUUCGUCGUGGAGCUGGCCGCCAUAGAGGCAACGCUCGCUGGAAACGAAGGACAGCCUCGGCGUCCACAAGGCACCUGCAUAUUACCAGAUGGAAGACUUUCUUUGGGGAGGACUUUGUACCUGAUAUUUCAAAUAUAUCUAUCUCGAUGUAUGCAGAUAUUUAUAACUUCUUACAGAAGUGGCAGUAUACGGUAUAUAAGCUUCAUUUCCUGUUUACAUAGAUGGGAGAAGUCAGUAUUGUGAACCGCUCCUCCUCCAGCUCCCGUGUCCUCGGAAAUGUCAUACAAGGGGUUAUCCAAUAUGUAUAAUAAGAUAGGGGGGGGGGGGAUACAUCUUCAAUUGUCACAAGAAGAGGAACUUUCGAGGAACUGCAAAAGUUACACUCCAUGAGCCCAAGCUGCUUUGCCAACAGGGGGCGCAAAGAGUCGGGAGGGCACCUCUCCCAUGGGGAGGAUAUUGAGGUUUUACUGUACCAUCAACACAGAUCUUUUCAUUGGUCUCAUUUCUCUUAUUUAUUGAGCAGGGUGGACAGUGUCUUAUGAUGUGUGUAGUGGGUGAAGGACCAAUGGCCAUCACAUAGGCUGUAGCGAGGCUGUAGGCUCCAUUAUGUGUCCCAUAGGGUCCUGGUAGAUGGCAGAACAUAGGCUUUGUACACCUGGACAUUACUAUAGCUAGGUGCGCACAAAUAGCUGGAUUCAGGUAGGCGGGCGCAUCUUUGCGGCGGCGUAUCGUAUUUACACUACGCCACCGUAAGUUAG